CGCAAUCAAGUUUAGAUUUUGCUCGAUCCUUCCCCCACGACGAUGGAGCAAGAAGGCGAUCAUGUAUAGAGACCUCACGAUGCCGAUGUCUUAUGUAUUCGCUAGGUGCUCCUGGAGCCAUGGAACUACAUCCGGGGUAUGCCGCAGAAGAACGUACGUGCGAUCUUGGUCGAUGCGUUUCAACUGUGGCUGCAAAUUCCCCCCGACAAAAUCACCACCAUCAAGGAGAUCAUCGGAAGCCUGCACGACGCGUCGUUGCUGAUUGACGACAUCGAAGACAAUUCAGAGCUGCGCCGGGGACUACCAGUGGCGCACGCGAUCUACGGGAUCCCGUUGACGAUCAACUGCGCCAACUUUGUGUUCUUUGUUGCGUUGCAGAAAUGCCAUUCGCUUCAAAACGCCCGCGCCAUGGACGUGUACAUCAACGAGAUGAUCCACUUGCAUCGAGGUCAAGGCCAGGAUAUCCUUUGGCGCGACACGGCCUCGUGUCCGACCGAAGACGCGUACAAGGCCAUGGUCAUCAACAAAACGGGCGGCCUGUUUCGAUUGGCGGUGGGGCUCAUGCAAGCGUUCAGCACGAACGACCAAGACUUUGUGCCGCUCGUGAACCAACUGGGGCUGUACUUUCAGAUCCGCGACGACUACAUCAACCUCGUGGACAAGGCGUACAUGGACGGCAAGAGCUUUUGCGAGGACUUGACCGAGGGCAAGUUCUCGUUCCCGCUCAUUUUUGCCAUCCACGCCGACACGGCGGACACGCGGCUCUUGAACAUCGUCAAGCAGCGUACGACCAACGUCAAGAUCAAGGAGCACGCCGUCGCGUACAUGGCCCAAGUCGGCGCGUUCACACACACCAAGUCGUACCUAGACAACUUGUUCAUGGACAUUCUAGAGAAGAUCACACUGCUCGGGGGAAAUCAAGUGCUGUCUGGACUAGUGCAGACUCUUCACAGGACGCUCAAAUGAAAGCUUGUGCUGCACACCGCGUUUUGCUCUAUCGAGUCGAUUCUUGUACACUUGGAGCAAUCUAAACCACUACAGUAGUCGACUCUCUUUUGGUACAUACUAUUAUACACACAUCUACGCGACGCGGCCAUAGCUCCCCCCUUGGGGUUGGACAGGUCGGGUGGCCGGGGACCCCCCCACGUCACUAAAGUCAGGGUCCCAUCCGACAUCCACGUGCGGGAACCGCUUGAGGAUGCGGGCUUGGAUGCGGCGGCCGCCCUGGGUGUUUUUCAUGCUGGCGAGGUGGGGUCGGAUGGCAGCGACCAAGUCGAGGCAAUUGUCGUCGGACGCCACCGACAAGGCGCGCUGGACCACGUAGUUGGCGUACUGGUCCUGGAGCAUGCGGUACAUGCGGGGGGACGCGACGAUUUCGCGCACAAUCGUCUGCCGGAGGUCGUCGGGGGCCAGCUCGAGACACUUCUCCACAACGUUCGAGCUAAACUUUUGGAUCGACAGGUCGAGCACGUGGCCCACACACUUGGCCAUGACCCCCCGCGCGUCCGCCGCUGAGCACGCAUCUAGCACGUACUGCACCACAUAGUUGCCGUACGGGUCCUGCAUGAGCUUCAUUGCGUGGUGUUCGACUUGGGCGAUCACGGCGCGGCGCUGGACGGGGUCGGCGGCGUCGACGCAGCGCUGCAGCACGCAGCACCCGUGGCGAUGCGUGCCCACGACCGUGCAGUCGGCGGCCACAGCGUCAAACACAAACUGAUUGGACGCCGGCGGCAGGAACUGCAGUGCCCGCUGGAUCACGUGGUUCCCGUUCGAGUCAAUGCAGAGGCGGACCGCGUCGUCUUUUAAAGCGCCGACAAUCAGCGCCACCAGGCUAGACGACGACGAUGCCGCGGCCAGUUCGACCACCUUUUGCACCGACCGUGUGCCGUGGAGGUUGAGCGCCGCCGCGACCAAGUGCGGCGCCACCUGCUGCACAAUGCCCAGGCGCUGGUCGUCGUCGCCCCGGUCGAGCAGCUUUUGAAACAAAUAGUUUCCAAACGGAUCCACCUAGGUAGAUAGAUAUAUUAGGGGGAGUGUUGGUGGCAAAACUAUACGAAGUAGUAGUAGUACCAUCAUGUCGACCAAAUGAGGCAACGACUCGGUGUAAAUGACGGCGCACACGUCCGCGGCACUUUUGCCUGGCUCAGAGUCUGUGCUGUCCAACUGCUCUUGCAGCAACCGACAUCCAUUUUGGUCUUUGCUCUACACAAGAGUGAACCGCCAUAAAGCAAAACCACUAUGAUAUCCACAACGGUACUACGAAAAAACACAUAUUGUGGUAUAUUCGGUACAAAUUUCCAGACCCCAUCGAAUCACGAAUCGACGCUAUUGGCUAUUGGCUAAUCCAAUUUUGAUUGGCUCUUACAGAAAGGACAAGUAUAUUCAACCAA